AUGACGAAGAGGGACAAGGGGACGAAGCCAAGCGUUCAGUGCCCUGCCCUUACCCUGCCCUGCCUAUUGGCAUCUCCAAGCAGUUGGUUCAGAGCAACAACCAAGAAUCCCGGCUCGCGAGUCAUGAUCAUCGGGGUUGGCGCUUGUAAGCACGACAGUAACAUCCAGAUCCCUGACUACAGAACAGGUAUUCGCAAGUGUUUCGUCUGGAUGUACCAGGAACUCGACCCUGCCGCUUCGAGGAACAUCCGUCAAGAUUGUGGGCGGUCUAACGCUUUCUCUCGUGGUGAGUACUCAAUAUUUGGCUUGGCGAAUGCUGUCGAGACAAAACAAGACAAGCCGUCCAAGACCGCGCGUGUCAAACCUUAA